CUCCAUUUUCCUCGACACCCACUGUCCCCUAUGUGCAGGAUUACACGAGUUAAGGUGACUUUUUUCUUCCCCCGUCUCCAGAACAUUUCUCAGGUCUCCAAUCGCGACUCUGUAUACACCGGGCCGGCUGCCCGAUGCCAAAAAGGUGUCAUUUAAUUCGCUGGUCCUGUUCGUGCCUCGUGUCACACACUCCUCCUGGCUCAAACUUCAAAGGUUGAUGUCAUGCUCCACGCCCCGCGGCAUCCACCCCAGGGCGAUCUAAGCUCAGGCCAGUGAUAGCACUGCGAUAACCUUCCCGAAUUGGCUUCGCGACUGCUGCUAUUCGCGUAGACCAACCCCCAGCUCGUCCUCCAUGGCUCCCCCGCGUCGUGUCGCGUCGCAUCCCACCUCCCCGGCCACCAACAUCUUCCUCUUUCUUGUCGCAUACCGACUACUCAAUGCGCUCGUCGUCCGCACUUUCUUUCAGCCAGAUGAAUUCUUUCAGUCCUUGGAGCCCGCAUGGCAGAUUGCGUUUGGCAAAGGCCAGGGCGCCUGGGUCACCUGGGAAUGGCACCACCAGCUCCGAUCCUCUUUACACCCUCUAAUCUUCGCCGCGAUCUACAAAUCAGUCUCCUUUCUCGCGACAACCCUCCACCUGUCUGCUGCGACACGCGCCGAACUCCUGAUUGCCGGACCGAAGACCGCGCAGGCCGUGAUCGCGGCGGUCGGUGACUUUUAUACCUGGAAACUAGCAACUCGCGUCUACGGGACGGAUUCUCGUGGCGCAUGGACAACGUUGAUUGUCACGGUUCUCAAUCCUUGGCAGUGGUUCUGCUCAACGAGGACCCUGUCAAAUUGCGUCGAGACCACGGUGACGAUUGUCGCGCUAGAUUCGUGGCCAUGGCAAUGGUCAGCCGGCACCUCGACCGGUAGUGAUCGUGGGAGAAAUGCUGGCCGUUCGACCGAUGGUCAAAAGGUCCUUCUAACUCGUCUUCGACGAUGCUUGUGCCUAGCAGCGCUCGCUUGUAUUCUCCGCCCGACCAACAUCCUGAUCUGGGCGACGCUAGCGACCGUCGCUUGGCUUCGCACCAGCUGGAGCCAGCGCAGGGUGCUCAUCCGGGAGGUCCUCCUCUGCGGACUGGCUAUCCUCGGUGUGUCAGCCGUCGCAGAUCGACUAUUCUACGGAUUUUGGACGUUUCCUCCGCUUCGCUUCCUAUACUUCAACAUUGCGCAAUCUCUGGCGGUCUUCUACGGUCGAAAUGACUGGCACUACUACGUCUCGCAGGGCUAUCCACUCCUGCUUACCACCUUGCUGCCCUUUGCGCUUGUCGGCCUCUACCGCACCCUACGGACUCGAGCUUCUUCUGUCGCCGAUAGAUUGCAGACAGAGAUUCGAGUGCAAUUGGCGAUAGUAUGUUUGAUUAUGCCAUUCGUGUUAUCUCUGAUCUCGCACAAAGAGGUACGCUUCAUUUAUCCGUUGCUACCAUCAUUGCACAUCCUGGCUGCGCCACCACUUGUGCAAUUUUUCUAUCCAGCGUUAUACUCGCGGUCCUCGAGUGCCUAUACCCCGCAAAGGCUGGUCCUCAUUUUCCUCGUAGUGGCCAACCUCGUGAUUGGCAUCUAUACGACUCUAUACCACGCGUCCGGAGUGAUGAAUGUGCUCACUUAUCUACGCCAUCAACAUGAAGCUCACGGUGAAGUCCACGGCUCAUCGAUCGAGUCUUUAGACUCACAGACUGCGCCAGGAAUCACAGCUGGAUUCUUGAUGCCCUGCCACAGCACCCCGUGGCGCUCGCAUCUAGUUUAUCCCACAAUCAACGCAUGGGCUCUCUCCUGCGAACCCCCAAUCGAUCGCACAGCGGCCGAAAAGGCCGUCUAUCGUGACGAAGCGGACCAAUUCUACGACAACCCAUCCCAAUUCCUCCACGACAACAUGAAAGGAGGGCUACGCUAUCUCCCCUCCCGACCAAGCUACAUUUUCGGCCCCCGGUCCGCCCCCAAACCGGGCAAGACGACAUGGACACAUGAAUGGCCCGACUACCUGAUCUUCUUCGAGCAAUUAGAGCCCACAAUGCACACUCUCCUCCGCGCAUCCUCGUACGCAGAGUGCUGGCGCACCUACAACACCGCAUGGCACGAUGACUGGCGCCGCCGCGGCGACGUAGUAGUCUGGUGUCUCGACCCUUCCGAACAAGACGCAUGGCGCUUGGAAAAAACCCAACGCGCACAAGAAAGCCGCGACCGACAAUUCGAGCGAAUAGUCGAGGUAUUCCAGAAAGAAGCAGGACUUUAUCAGAAGAAGGGAUGGAAAGCUCUAGUUCCAUCCCGAUCCUCUCUUUCAUCCUCCCUCACGUCCCCUUGGUCCUCGCGCACUCGACUGUCCACGUUUACCUCGUUGCGCCGUUCCGUGCAGUCAUAUUUCUCUCCCCGCCGUUCGUGGCGGGAAUCGCUCAAAUCUAUUUUCACGCCUCGGCCUGCGAGUAGUUGGCCCUGGGACAGACGGUCCCGUUCACUUUGGGAGAGAUAUUGGGAUCCUUCACCCAGUAUUUGGGACUGGGUUCCUUUUUCACUACCGGAAUGGAAAUGGUUGCGUGGUUUGCCGAGAUAUAACAGUGAAGAGGAUCGGGAAAUGUGGUCUUGAAGAUCUUGACUUCUUCUUGCUUUUUUAGCCGAUUUGCUGCUGAUGUUCAAGGCCACUUAAUAUAUGGUAUGGUGUGAAUGUAGAGAGGGGGGGGGGGAGUAAUGUGUUAAUAGUGUGCUUUGUACUAUCUAGCUAUACUAAUACUUCAAAGACUACGCGAAGAGGCCUUGGACUGCAACUUGCUUUUUUUCUCAACUGGAAUAUCUCGAAUCUGGCUCCAUCAGAUCAACGGGCGUGACCAAUGAACAAGCUCACCUCCUUUUAACUGAAAAUUGGGAAAGAGAUUUUUGAUAAAGAAAAAGAAUUAUGUACUAUUUAUCCGCUAACGGGACAAAACGAAAGAAACAAUCUUAUACAAAAGAAGAUCCCAUGAGAGGAAAAGAAUGAACCUCCCUUACAACACAAAGAGAGUAGUAGUCAAUGGGCACCAAAAUAUGAACGAGCGAGCGAGUCAAACCAGGCAAAAUCUCAAGAUGCACCCUGAAAUGCACAUAUACACAUCUCAUCGAUCCAUCUAUAAUCCAUGUCAUUAGGAAGAGUCAAUCCAUUAUCAACAUCCAGCUGCAUAUCGACUUUUUAAAACAAUUGAAUACAAAGAACAACAACCUCAAGAGCACAUGAUUAACCGUAGCGCGCGCUCAGACUGGCGAAUGCAUCGGGGCUGUGACGCCCGCUCUGCAGGCCGUUGAUAUCCACGCUUGGCUGGCUCAUGUGACUUCUUGGGAAAGCCGUGUUGACCGGUGGUGGACCGGAAAAUGGCGAGGAGUUCAUGCCAUUUGCUUGGGCAGGUACUGCGGUCCCGUUGGUGCCCAUUCCAAUGCCCAGGCCCGAAGAAGGGGGAAACGCUGAGACGCCUGCUUGAGCGGCCAGACCUGAACCGACCGUUGCAGCGCCGAAGGGAUUGCGGGAUGCCAUGGCGGGACCGUUCACGCUGGUUUGCGGGGUCUGGAUAGUGGAGCCAGGUUGGGUCAUGGGCGUGGAGUUGAAAGAGUUUAUGAGGGGAGGGACGGGGCUGGUUCCCGCGCCAGGCUGGAACUGAUAUUGGGAUUGUUCGGGGAUGGAAGGGAUAGUGGAGGAUGCCUGGUUGAGGCCGUAUAAUGAGAGAAUGCUGCUUUUUUCCAUGCGAGUUGUAUGCUGGGGCAUCAGCUGCUGCGGUUGCUGAGGCUGUAAUUGGUUGGGGUAAGCUCCUGCACUCUGCUGUCCCAUAGACUGUUGGAAGGGAUUGUAAGAUCCCAGGGCAUUAGCCUGGGCCUGAGGCUGGAAUUGCUGAGGUUGCUGUUGCUGAGGUUGCUGUUGCUGCUGCGGCGGCUGCUGCUGCGGCGGCUGCUGCUGCGGCGGCUGCUGCUGCGGCUGGGUUUGGAAAGAAGGCGCCUGGCCAAAGGGAGAGGUGCCGAAAGGAGAGGUGCCGAAGGGCGAAGUUGAAGAAAUUGCUGGCAUAGUGUUUGCAUGCUGAGGCUGUCGGGGAACGUUCAUUGAUUGCCCCGAUGCCCCAUUUUGCUGCGCCUGUGGUUGCAGGUAAGGGUUUUGCGUUUGCGGUGUAGUGUUGAAGAAAGGAUUGCUCUGCGGUGCACUCGGGUUGGGGAAGGAUUGGGCGCCCAUACCGCCCUGCGGCUGAGCUACUGGUUGGAAGAAAGGAUUGUAAUUGCUAUCCAUGGCCUGGGGUGACGAGACAUAGCCGUUCUGGGAGAAGGUUGAGGUGACUGGCGGGGUAAUUGGCUGCUGAUAAGUUGCCUGUGGCAUCAAGCCUGUUUGAGCUGGAUAUCCACCGGUCGAGUGCGGGAAGAGCGGCUGGGACACCUGGAGAUUUUGGAACGACGCUUCCAGAGGCUGCGCUGAUUGGAACGUCUGUGCCUGGGCUGGCCGGUCGAACGGAUUAUAAGACGUAGACUGAGGCUGCUGCGAUACCUGGUUGCCGGUCGUCGCAGUAGGCAUGUCGAAUGGAUUGGGUGAUGCGGCCGGCUUGGGCGCUACCGAAGCACCGGCAGGUGUUGCUGCGUUGUUCGUUGGAACGGGGGUUCUGGCUCUUGACACUGACUUAUUUCCUUCUCCCAGUCGUACCAAUGUCUCAAUCGACUUGUCCAGAUUCUCAUUCAGUCCGCGAAGAACCAUUUCGUUUCGCCGGUCAUUGUCGAAGCCCAUAUCUCGCAGCGCAGCCAUCUUAGCCUCGAAUGAGGCAGUUGUCACAUCGGCAACCGGCGCACCCAGACCGCUCGUCUGGCGAGGCGGUGGGGACCAGGAUCGCUGAUCGGAACUGGGCGACAUUGAUCCCUUGGACUUGGUUCCAAAUCGGCGCAGGUUCGAGGUCGAGGAAGCUGAUCGAAGGCCGAAUCCAAAGAACUUGCCGGACUUUGGGGGCAACGGUGGCGGCGAGCCCUCGGGGGAGAUAUCGUCACGACGAGAAUCAUCAUAGCUCCUCUGUCGUUCCCUCCUUUCCUCCCUUCUAUCAUGAUUCCUAGUAUAGCUAGAGUCCUCGCGACUCGGGGGCUUUGGCUUUCCAUCUUCCAACGACCGGUAUUGAUAUUUCUGCCGGAUGAACCGUUCCAUGCACGAAUCGGCCUCGUCGAUAUCGGUGGGGACGGGCGGUUUGAUAUUUUUGGGAUUGUAAAUCUUGUUCAUGAGCAGGUUGCCGUGCGAUUUCAUGUUC